UGUCCGGCAAGCCGCUCCCUUGCAGCCUCCUCCUGGGCGGGCCGCGCCGCCCUCCGGGGCUCUUUCCGCUGCUGUUGGCGUUGCUGCUGACACUGUCGGCCCAGGCCGAAACGGACUGUCCGUGUCAGGAACGUGCGCUGUGCCGUCCGAUCAGCCACUACCGCGACUUCGAGGUCUUUGUUUUUGAUGUUGGACAGAAAACUUGGAAAUCUUAUGACUGGUCACAGAUUACAACUGUGGCAGUUUUUGGAAAAUAUGACUCAGAACUUAUGUGCUAUGCUCAUUCAAAAGGAGCUAGAGUAGUGCUAAAAGGAGAUGUGUCCUUGAAGGACAUCAUUGAUCCUUCUUUUAGAGCAUCCUGGAUAGCUGAAAAGGUUAAAUUGGCCAAAACACAAUAUAUGGAUGGAAUUAAUAUAGACAUAGAGCAAGAAGUUAAUUGUUCAUCACCUGAAUAUGAUGCACUAACUGCCUUAGUCAAAGAAACUACAGACACUUUCCAUCGUGAAAUUGAGGGAUCACAGGUAACCUUUGAUGUAGCUUGGUCUCCAAAGUGCAUAGACAGACGGUGCUAUAAUUAUACUGGAAUUGCAGAUGCUUGUGACUUUCUUUUCGUGAUGUCUUAUGAUGAACAAAGUCAGAUCUGGUCAGAAUGUAUUGCAGCAGCCAAUGCUCCCUACAAUCAAACAAUUACUGGAUAUGAUGACUAUAUCAAGUUGGGUAUUAACCCUAAGAAACUUGUUAUGGGUAUUCCCUGGUAUGGUUAUGAUUAUACCUGCCUGAAUCUAUCAGAGGAAGAUGUUUGUACCAUUGCAAAAAUCCCUUUCCGGGGUGCUCCCUGUAGUGAUGCUGCGGGGCGUCAGGUGCCCUAUAAAGUGAUUAUGAAGCAAGUAAACACCUCUAUUUCUGGAAGCCAGUGGGAUAAAGUUCAACAGGCUCCUUAUUAUAACUAUAAAGAUCAUGCUGGCCAUUUUCAUCAAGUAUGGUAUGACAAUCCCGAGAGCAUUUUUUUAAAGAAAGCAUACAUCCUAAACCAUGGCCUACGGGGCAUUGGCAUGUGGAAUGCAAAUUGCCUUGACUACUCUGGAGAUGCGGAAGCCAGAGAGCAAACUGAAAAAAUGUGGAAAGUCUUAAAACUAAAGUGAUAAAGGUGAAUAUCUCUGUCAAACUAUUAAGAUUUAGAAAAAUAGUAUGUACAAAUAGAACUAAUUUCUUCAAGAGAUUAAAAAAGGUCUACUUUUUUUUCAUGUUGCUAUGUGUUUUAGUUAUUAGUGUACUCAAAGCCAGAUAAAAAAUAAAUGCUUUGACUGUUUGAAUUUGAAACACAAAUAUUUGUCUUCUGUAUCCAGAAAUAUAAGAAAUAAGCCAACUUAUGAUAGCAAAUAUUCUUCUAUAGGAUAUCUUAGUAUCACUGUUAGAAGCAAUUGCUUUCAGAAUUUUAUUAUGCUAAAUUUCCUCCAUAAAGUAUAUGCUUAUAAAUCAGUGCUAAUGUUUAAAAUAUGUAUAACUGGAGUGGAAAUUGCUUGCUUAGAGUAGAUUUUUUAAAAACAUGGGUUUUGAAAAGCAGUUUGUAUUGUACUUUUUUAAAGUCAAUAAAUCUAUAUUUUAAACUGGCAAUUUAGUGUCUUUUAUUUAGGUUGAUCAAACUAAUGCAAAUAUUUUUUUUACUUCCUGACUUCAUAUAGUAAUCAUGUUCUCAGAGCCACCUGAAUUAAAUUCACUUAAUCCUCCAGAGAGAAAAAGAAUACAAAGGAUUAAAAUACAAGAUAGAAGAUAAUGUACCAAUAUUUAUGUUAGUAGGUUAGAGCUACUUACUAUUUUUCAACUAAAUUUUUAUGAGGUUACAUCUGAAAUUUGCA